GUCGUUUUCGUUUUCGUACUCGUAGCCUGUGGUGCCACUCUCCGAUUCCCCUGCCAAGCCAACAUUGAAUCUGGCCCAGUACAGCCAAUCGAUCCUUCAGAAGCGUGAGAGGCGUGCUGGGGAAAUGCUCGUUUCCGUGUCGUCCCAUUAAAUUUUUGGCAGAGUGGAGAGAGAGGCUGCGCUACUUCUUCCCAAAUCUACUGUACAUACAUACGUUCUCGAGUCGAAGGAGACGCACUCCUUUCAACAUUGCCUCCUUCACAAUUGGCUCACUCCCGACCGCUUUUCGUUCUUUAUUGUAUUCAACUAUACGUGUUUUCCACUCGUUGAACUCCUCAAGCCUUCCAAACAACCUCUUGCAUCUUUCUCGCCAUCUCAACAUGGCUCCUUCAGCGACUUCCCCUGUGGUGACUCUCGAGGCGGAGGACCACGCUCGCGAUGCCGCCUUCCAUAAGGCCCUUCAUGGAAAUUCCUCAGAGGCUAGGGGUGGCUUCAUGGCUAUGCGCAGCAAAGAUAAAGAUGCCCAAAAGGCUGCUGUAGACGAAUACUUCAAGCAUUGGGACGACAAGCUUGCUGAAACUGAGACCGAGGAAAUUCGCAAGGCCAGAAGAGAUGAAUACGCCACCUUGACAAGACAUUAUUACAAUCUAGCCACCGACUUGUACGAGUAUGGCUGGGGUACCUCCUUCCAUUUCUGCCGAUUCGCUGCGAAAGAGUCCUUCUAUCAGGCUAUCGCUCGACACGAGCAUUACUUGGCCCUCAAGAUGAAUCUGCAAGAGAAUGCUCGUGUUCUGGAUGUCGGUUGUGGUGUUGGCGGGCCUGCUCGCGAAAUGAUCAGAUUUACAGGGUGUAAUGUGGUUGGUUUGAACAACAAUGAUUACCAGAUCGCAAGAUCCUUACGAUAUGCUCAAAAGGAGGGAAUGGCAGACAAGUGGUCGGCUGUGAAGGGCGACUUCAUGCAGAUGUCGUUCCCGGAAAACAGUUUCGACGCAGUUUACGCCAUCGAAGCCACCGUCCAUGCUCCAAGCCUCCAGGGAGUGUACGAGCAAAUUUUCCGUGUCCUCAAGCCUGGCGGCGUUUUCGGCGUCUAUGAAUGGCUCAUGACAGAUGCCUAUGACAACGAGAACCCCAAGCACCGUGAGAUCCGACUUGGAAUCGAGCAAGGAAACGGAAUUUCAAACAUGGUCAAGGUGUCCGAAGCAUUGGAAGCGAUCAAAGCAGCUGGGUUCGAGCUUGAGCACCACGAGGACUUGGCGGAGAGACCCGAUGCCACUCCAUGGUACUACCCUCUUGCCGGAGAUUGGCAAUACUGCACAAGCCUUGGGGACCUGUUCACCAUCGCAAGAAUGACCUGGUGGGGACGUGGAUUGGUACACAAAUUCGUCGGCGUUGGCGAGAAGCUGAGGUUGAUGCCUCAGGGAACACAGAAGACGGCCGACAGUCUCGCUCUCGGUGGGGACUGUUUGGCCGAAGGUGGAAGGCUGAAGUUGUUCACCCCUAUGUAUUUGAUGGUUGCACGGAAACCGCUCAAUGCUUGAAAGUGGUCCAGAAUCGCGUUGACUGGGUAGAUGGCGUUGCGAACAGGAAUUUUGGCAAAUAGAACAUAAGUACCUAAUUCGAUGUACAUACGGAUACGAGUAUCAUCAACAAGAAAA